AUGUCAUCCACAUCGAUCAUAAUUGGCGCCCUCGGCUCUGUCAUCGGCUACCUAGGCGCCGAAGCUGCGACAGAGUCUUUCUUCGAACGUCUUCUCUGGCCUGAGCGAUUUUUCAACGACGCCACCCCAUAUGUCUUGCUCAGACUUACGCUUUGCCUGCCCAUGUCGGGCCCACUUCACGGGGCAGCGCUCGAGUCCCUCGACACGUUCCGCAAUAAUGGUUUGUACCUGGGAACAAGGCGAGGCAAUAUGCUCGGGACCACAUUUUACCACGACACGGAGGCCAAGUACUAUCACCUGAUGGGUCCGAAUACAAACCAAAAAGGAAAUGCAAAAGAUGCGAGAAAUGGGUUUUGGGUGCAGGUUCUGAGGGAAGUUAAAUGCAAGAACCGCGAUGCGCGCUUACCGGCACAGGAUCCGGAGGAUCCUACAACGGAUAGGUGA